CUACCUCAGCUUGGGCCUGAGAAAGAGAGAAAGCAGGACAGGUCUCUCUGCGUAGAGAGCAGAACUGGUACUCAAACCAUGCUGCAGUCCAGGGCAUUGGUGAUAGCUCUGAUUCUGCUCCUUAGCACCACUCUCCCUGAAGUGCAGUCAAAGUCCAUCUUUGAGAGAGACCGUCGUGACUUGCUGGCCAUCCCUGAGACUGUUGCAUCUUACUUCUAUGAAGCUGUGAACAAAGUGUCCCCCAAAGUCAGUCAGUUCCUGUUGGAUACUGUCCAGAGCCCAACAGUUAUUGCGGCCAGACAGAGAAUCGCCAAAGAAGCAACUAAAGUCAGUAUAAUGUUUGAACAGCUGAUUGAAAAAAUAAAGAACCUGUGGUACACAAAAGUCCUAGGCUAUUAG